GACUGGUCUCGAGCAGUACCUUUAUGCUGCUAUGCGAUGAAUAUUCAAACAUCAAGACAAACUAAAAAUAGUCCAUAUGCAUUAGUAUUUGGACAAAACCCUUUACGGCAUUUUACAAUAUUAAAAGAAAUCAAAGAUCGACAUAUUAAUUCGGAAGAUGAGUUACCUGAGAAUUGGUUCGAACCAUCCGAACCUCAAGAUGAUUUUGAUCAGCAGGAAGUUGUAGAAUCACUUUUAGGAGCCGCAGCAUUAAACAUAGAAGAGCAGGAAUUGCUUGAAUAUGAAUUGGAAAAUUAA